AUGAUCCGCGGCGCCUGGAUUCCCCGCGGGGGCGCCGCCGGCGGGGCCGUGUGCUGCGCGCCGCGCCGCAGCGACAAGCCGGUGGCCGACCCCGAGCGGGCGCAGAAAUGGCGCCUGUCGCUCGCCUCGCUCCUCUUUUUCACCGUGCUCCUCUCCGACCAUCUGUGGCUCUGCGCCGGGGCCAAGCUGCGGGCGCGGGAGCGGCCGCGGGGCCGCGGGCCGCGGGGCGCUCUGGCGGCCGAGCCGGCGGGCGGCGGCGGCAGCUGCGAGGCCCUGCUGGGCAACCUGAGCCGCGGCCCCGGCGGGCCCUGCCCCGCCGCCCGCGGGGACCUGGACUCGGCGUGCGCCCGGCUGCUCGCCCCGCAGCGCCCGCGGGCCCCCGGCGCGCCCCUGCGCUCGCCCCCCGCCGCCGCCGCCGCCGCGCCCUUCUUCGCCUCGCCCUCCUCCAAAAGGACCUUCCUGCAGGCUUACUUCAGGAACUUCAACCUCUCCUUUUGUGAUACUUACACGAUCUGGGACCUGCUGCGGGAGAUGGCCGGCCCCGACGGCCUGGACUGCAGCCUGGACAACCUGAUGGUGGACCUGGUGGUGGCGGCAGCCGGGGCGCUGGACGGGGAGGCCUGUAGCAGCUGCGUCCAGGCGUACCAGCGGCUGGACCAACACGCUCAGGAAAAAUACGAGGAGUUCGACCUCUUGCUGGAGAAGUACUUGCAAUCGGAAGAGUACUCGGUCAGAUCCUGCCUGACGGACUGCAAGGCUGUCUACAAGGCGUGGCUGUGCUCCGAGUACUUCAACGUGACCCAGCAGCAGUGCCGGCAGCGGAUCCCAUGCAAGCAAUACUGCCUGGAGGUGCAGACCAGGUGCCCCUUCGUGUUACCGGACAAUGAUGAGCUGAUCUAUGGAGGUUUGCCUGGCUUCAUCUGUACGGGGCUGCUGGAGAACCAGCUGCCCGACGAGGAGGCCAAGUGCUGCGAGGUGCAAUGGGACUCCUGCGAGCACCCCCCAGACAGCAACGAGGACACAUCCCCCAAAUCCACGGCGUCAGAGUCACUCCAUUUCCACCGCCACGACCCCCACCUUCAUCACCAGAGGCAGAACCACUACCACCUCUACCACCACCACCACCAGUACCACCAGCCUCGCUCCCCGUCCUUGCUGCCGGUCUCUGCGGGGUCUCGCCUCGGCAGCAGCAGGAUCAGACUGUGCGUGCUGGUCCUGAUGCUCCUCCACACCAUGGUGUCCUUCUCGAGCGUGCACGGCGGCGCCGGGGGGCUCGGCCUGGAGGCCCCGCCCGCCCUGGAGGAGAGCGUGGCCCGGGACGAGUGACAGAGGGCAGAGCCGACCUCCAAGGAGAACGCCAGAUCUUUUCCCAUAAGGGGGGCACAUGCUAUUCCUCCAAUGGGAGGCACGGGGUUGGGGGUGGCACAGGCGCACCCCCGCACAUCCCCCAAGAGCUGCUCGCGCGGGGCAUCCCCGUGCUGAAGAGUCUCUAACGCGCACAGGGCUGCGGGACCCGGCGCCAGAAGGGUUCGGGCAGGGCCAGCAUUGCCGGCCCCGCAGGCGCCGGGAGGGCAGGAACGGCACGGAGGCGGGGGGACCGAGGGGAGGGGUCCCUGGGAAUCGAAGGGUGUCCCCCGGCCGCUGCCGCGAGUGCCUUGAGUGCCCGCGCCUCCCCCGCCCAUGCCGUGCCGAGGUUGGACGGUCAGCCCGGCCCUGGUUCCUUUUCUCCUGGGUCUGAAUGCUGAGGGAGCAGGCGGAGGGGCAGCACCUCCCGGCACAGCCUGGCCCACUCCUGUCCCAGGGAAAAGCCUCUGGGGCUCGGGGCAGAACCGCCCUGGUGGGGCGCAGUGUCCUCAGCGCGGCGCUGCCUCACCGAUGGCAUCUGGGGACAGGAGUGGGACGCUGUGACACUGCACUGUGGUACCACUCGGGGUUGGUCUCACUGCAUCCCAGCCUGCUCCUCCAGCCUGGCCUUUCCUGCUGCUCUAUGCGAGGAGGAGGAGAGGGAGGAGGCAUGGAGCAGGAGGGAUGUCCCCAGCAUUCCCACAUCCCACUUCGCAAAGUGUCCUGAUGAUUUGGUGUAACCUUUUUUGUUGUCCUCCCUGGCUGGUGGGACUGGUCUCAGUGAGGACUUGGGGAGAUGUGACUCCAGCAGCACACAGGCUGUGAGGGAGAGGGAUGCCACGUGGCAGCAGUUGGAUGCAGGGAAUCCCAAAGGCAUCCUUCCAUGCUUCCCAGCUACAAAUCAUUGACUGGAUGGCAGGAGGACUGGGCAAACGGGCUGGAGAAAUCUGGCUUGGAGGGAGAGUCUCCCACACAAAGAGGCACUAAUAAGGCCCAGCUAGGGAGGAGCAUUUUUGUGAAUAGUUUCAAUCCAUGGAUGCCCCCAGAUCCGGAAAUUUCUGGGAGCCCAGCUGGACUUGGCUGGGCAAGGUGCUGGCUGGUGUAGCCUUAUUCGGCUCACUUGGGGUGGAUUUUUAACCUGAGCUCAGCAUAUCCAGGGAUUCAGCCCCAAACAAACAUCAGAUCCCUAGAAUCUGAUCCCCAGGUCAUUUCCUAGGAAACUCCCAAUUCUCCACCCAGCCACCAGAACUGUUCCCAGCAUGGACACUGCGAGGUGGUGCCUCCAGGCUGGGCACCAGUGGCUGUAAUUUGUCCUGGGUGUGGGCAGGGAAGGAAGAGAGGGUGUUUUAGCAUAAGGUCACAAGCUGGGUGUGAGCUCACUCCCUGCUCCCAGAGGGGCUGGGAUGGUCCCUCUGUUUCCAGGCUGGCUCUUGACAGGAACCUACAGCAGAGCCCCGCGUGGGUCACUGCAGGAGACAGGGAUGGAGCAGGAGGAAUGUCCUACAUCCCAAAUUGAUCCCAGAUCCCUGUGAGGGUGCAAGAAGUCCCAGAGUUGAUAAUCUGUAGGAGUUUUAUGGUUUCUGGUCUGUUGAGGUAAAGCAAAACCAAACAGAGCCCCGUGAGCAGAGCCCCAUGAGCAAAGCUACUUCCUGCCUGGCUGGAAGAAGGAAGUACCAGGCAUCUCGUGGGAAUCACAGGUUUCCUGACAUUUCCAGCCCAUUUCCAGACCAAAGAGGCUCUGAGAAGCAGCUGAAUGUUUGAUUCCUGCUUUGACUUGAAUCUCAGAGCUUUGGGGUGAUGUUUACACACUACCAGUUGCCUGUUCCCCAAGUCCUGCAGAGACAAGGCCUGUGAUCCCAUUGUCCCGUGGUUUUUGGGGUGGGAGAGUUGGUGCACAUGGAAGAUGGAGAGUGUUUCCCGAGCAGAUUCCCUUGCUGCUACUACCACCCAAAAGGUAGGAUGUCUCUCGUUUGACUAUUCCUCAUGACAUCCAUAUAAUUUCAGCCUAGUUUACACCAAUCAGAACAGUUGGACAUGGAGCAGUUCUGCAAACCAGGAUCCAAUCCCUUGGUUUUCUGUGAGCAGUGGGUUGUGGAGCUGCUCUGACAAGGAGCAAAAGCUCCCAGGCAGGCCAGGGGAGGGAGCACAGCCCUGUCCCUGCCUCCAGACAGCCGAAUCCCGAAGGAAAUUAGAUUUCUCCUGCACUGCCAAGAGUUAAGCUAAUUCCAGGCGCCUCUCUCGGAGAUAGACUGUGUCCAAUCUUGGAGCGACUCAUCGGGAGAGAGAAGAAUAGCCCAGUGUGGUGCGUCAGCAAGUGGCCCUGAGUCACUGGCCCUGUGCAUUGUGUCAUGUGUGACACUGAGCAGCGCUGGCGGGCACAGGGUGGCCCGGCCUCAGUCCCUGCACACAUCCAGAUCUGGCACCACCCUGAGGGUUGUGUGUCCUUCUCCCUGCCCUGAAGCCCUUGUGUCUUGCUGGUGAUGGAGCGUCAGGCCAGGCUUGGGGGUGGUGAUGGAUGAUGUGGGAUUCCCAGAGAAGCUAUGGAAGUGUUCAAGGCCAGGUUGUACGGGGCUUGGAGCAACCUGGUCCAGUAGGAAGUGUCCCUGCUCAUGGCAGAGAGUGGAACAGAAUGGGCUUUAAGAUCCCGUCAACCUAAACCAUUCCAUGAUUCCAUUAUUUUCACAGAGCUGCAGGAGUGAGAUCCAACAACCUAAGUCAUGUUCAGGGGGUGCUGGCAGGGAUUUGCUGGGAUAACCUGGGAGCUGUGAGAAACAGUUUCACCUUCCCUAACACCAGCUGGAGGCUUCCCUUGGGAGGUGUUGCAUCCCAGUGAAUCGGGAAGUGGAGCCAAUUCAGAACUGGGCUGGUUUAGGUGGCUACUGGGGAGGUUUGAGCCCCAUCCACCACGAGUGAGGAGGCCCCCAGGACAGGAGAUCCAUGUGUUUUCCAGGCCAGAGAGGAUGAGAUGCCAGAGAGAGCACACAGAGUGUGGAUCUGCUCUGGAAGAGUGGGAUGGGCUUUACCUGCUGCAAGUGGAGGAGGAAAGUGCUGGGUCUUCCCAGAGCAAGGCUGUAGAAGAUCUUUUCUUUAGAGAGUCUGGGCUGCUGUCAAUAAGUUCUGUGGUUUUAGGGCACCAUAUGCUGCAUUCAGCACUUUGCCAAUCUGUUUAAACGGAUCCAGACAAGGCUGUUCCCAGAGCGGGAGCAGCUGGAAGUGGUGUAUGGAGCAGUCCAUCAUCAGGAGCCCAUUGGAUAAAAUUCCUGCUUUUGGUCUGACAACCUCCUAAUCGUCCAUCCCUGAGUACUCUGGCUUUGCUCUCUGAGAGAACAGCCAGGGAAGCAGACGGUGACAUUGUCUCACUUAACAUAACACCACUGGCAUUAUUUUUAUGACAAAGUGGAGGGAAUGUGCCUGGAAAAGGAGCGAGUGUGCUUGGAUAAAGAAGGAAUGUGCCUGGAUAAGGAGGGGAAGGGCUUCCUUACCCUGUGUGUGUGUCCAGGGAUGCUUCACCCCAAGCCCCGUGUCCACCAUUGCCCUUUGCAAUCCCAAAUGCUUUCCAUAUUCCCAAAGCCACCUUGAAAUACAUGAACUCUAAACGAUUUAUCCUACCAGGAACUUAAACCCAAGGGGCUUUGUCCUUUUCAUCCAAUGAUCUUGUCUCUUCUCCCUAAAGAAGAUGCCCUGUGUUGGGAUUAAUAUGUAAAACUCAACUUUUCCUUCAGUGGACAAACUUCUCUUUGCUCAGAGAAAACUCCCAGUUUUCUGGGAAGCAGUGAUUCCUCCCUGGUGAGGGGGUUUCUCACCCCCAGGGAAGUGAGGGAUGAUGAUGUCUCCACAAGCUCCAGGUGUGGGCAGAGAGAAGGAGCAAAAGGAGUCGGGUCCAGCGUUAUUCCCGGGUUUUGCACUUUCAUGUAGCUGCCAGUUGUACAAAUUAAUUAAAAAUAACUGAAGAAAAAUCCCAAAGAAAGGCCCCGCUUCCUCUGGGGAACAUUAAUCAUUAGCUGAGUCUUUUUCUUAUGAAAAUACAGAUCCAUGGUAGCCCCAGGCAGAAGAUUCCCAGGGAGAGCCCUCACCAUUCGUGCUCGGAGUUAGGGAAAUCGCUUUGAAAGCAUCUGACAACUAAAGCAGAACAUGUUGAGUAACUUGGCAACACUGGGAAAACAUCUGGAACUGGUUUAUCUUCCAACACAUUUUGCUUUGCUUCAAGAGGAGAUGUCAGGGCAGUUCAUUCACUGCCACUCAGGGCCGCGGGCGGGGCCGGGAGACGCUCGGCUGCCGCCUGCAGGAAGGGAAUAAAGGGAAAAUCCCGGAUAUCUGCUGCUCCUGGGCAGGAUCCUGGGAGGCCAGGCCAUGGAGUGUCCCUGUGCUGAGCUCGGCAGGUGCCUCCUGGUCUCCGGUUGCACCCAGCGUGGUGGUUUGAGAUGGGUUUUUGAGGUUGGCUGGAAACACUGUGGCUGCUCCAUCCCUGGCAGCAUCCAAGGCCAGGUUGGACGGGGCUUGGAGCAACCUGGGGUAGUGGAGUGUCCCUCCAUGGCAGGGGGUGGAACUUGCAUGAUCUUGAAGGUCCCUUCCGACCCGAACCACUCUGGGAUUCCAUGAUUUUCACAGAGCCAAAGAGAGUGAAGUCCCAUAGCCCAGGUUACCCUCAGUUUGUGAUUCAUCCUAAUCCCAUUCCUGCUGCUGUCUGGGAAAGGAAUGCCUGUAGGGCUUGGUGGAGACAAUGUCAGGACAGAAACAUUCCUGGACUCUGCCAGAAAGUGAUGGGGCAGUGUACUAGUUUGAAAGCAACCCAGCAGGAGAUUCCAAGUCACAACUACAAUUUGAUAGGAAAAUUAAAGUAAAGGCAGUAGUACAGAAGCACGGGCUUAGACUGACAGAGUCAGAGUACGAUCUGACAGCCUGUUGGUCAGGGUGGUGGGACCAGUCUGAUUAAAUGGGGGCUGUUGGAGUGAUGAAUGUGGUUCUGUCAAAGCAGUGAUCCUGUAGAAAAACCUGGUCCUUCUCUGGAGGUCCAGUGGUGGUUCUGGAGCUCUUGUCCUCUGGGAAUGCAGUGGUAGUGCUCCUGUGGUGUUCCCGAUCUCAGAUUCUAUCCAGGUAGGAAUGUUUGGUUCCUCCCCUCAGGGUGGAGCAUCACACAAUGGGAUGAUAAGAUUCUGUGAGUCAUUCUGUGGGACCCUGAUGGCCCAGGAGUGGAGAUGGCUCCCCACAGAGUGGCUGGUGCUUCCCUGGAGGGAGUUAUCAGGGAAAAGAUAAAGAACAUUGCCCCACCUAUCUUUUGGUUACAUCUUACAUCUGCCAAGACAGGCAGGGAAUUCUGUGAAUCAGCUUUUUCUGCUUCCCUGGGCUUCCCUUCCCUGGGGGUUGAAUCUCUCUUAAACUAGGCUGGAAAAGUUGGGAAGGGCCAUGUCAGGUGUUCAGGUUGGAUGUUAAGGAUCUCCUUCAGCCCAAAAGUUAGCUCACGGGCAUGCCAGCUGCAGGUGCCACCAUCACACCAGCCCAAAAUCAUCCCUUCUGCCACAGAAGGAGCCUGCUCGGAGCUCCUGCAUCACUGGAGCCCUGGAGCUGCACAGCUCCCACCAUGAGUUCAUUUUAUCCCAGGAAUGGAAGGAUUUUAGCAGCUCUUUUUGGGUGUUCUUGGUCCAGGCUCUUUGGGUGACCUCGCAGCCCUGCAUGUCUCUGUGAGGAAGGAGGAAGGGAGCAAAGAGAAGACUGUGGUGGGGGGUGGACCAUUUUUAAUUGAGGAUCAUAAAAAAUUAAGGAAUAAUAAAUUUUAAAAGUUGGGGUUUUAUCAAAGCUCUCAGCCCCUCUCAAAGGUGUGGGCAGGAGAUGGGUGAGUUCCUGAGCCCAGUCCCUCUGCCCUUUCCUGCUCCCCAUCUCCAGGACCUGUGUUCCAGGCAGGCCAGGAGCAGUUUCCAGCCUUUUUAGCGCUUCAGGAUGAUCUUUUUUCAGCCCAGAAGGUCGACAACUCUGCUUGUUGUGAACUGAAACUCAACAAGAAAACUCCAAGAAUUAGGUUUGGCUUAUGAAAUUUGGGGUUGGUUUUACCAUUUUUAAAUGUAUUUGGGAACUGGACAUGCCUAAGUUGCAAAACAAAAAGACAAAAAGAGCCAGACAGGGAUUUUUUUUUAAUUUUGAAACUUGUCAAAACAAGCCAGAUUGAUCAUUAUGACCAAUUUUUUUUUUUUUUUUUUUUGCAGAUUGAGAAAUGCAUCCAGAACAGUCCUUUCCCACAAAACCUUUCAUUUUCCAAAAAGAAAACGAGGCAAAAAAAAAAUAAAAAUCAAUCACACUUUUUCUGCUCACAGAGUUGGAACGGGCAGCAGCGGAUUGGGAGAGAAUAGCAAUUUGUAAGGAAUUCCAACCAGCUCUCCUUAAAAUAGCAUCCAGCCAGUUUCUCCAGGGCAGGAGGCUGGGUGGCUCCAUGGUGGGAACAGGCUGGAGCAAAUCCUGGCUGAGCAGGCCGGGAUAACACCUUGGGAAUGCAGGGACACCUUCCCCGUGGGAAUCAGAGAUGCUGAUGCCCGGCAGGAAUUCCUGGGGAUCCCCAGCCAUCCCUCUGAGGGAGGUUUGGUUUGGUUUUCUGUUCCAACCCCAACUGAAUCCAGCUCCUCCGAACCUCCCGUUCGGACACAGCCUCAGGAUGCCUUCAAAAGGGAGACGCUCCCAUCUGAGCCCGGGGGUGGAAACUGGGAACAAAUUCCAUGUGCUGGUCCUUGAGGGAUGUGGGAAGGGAGAGCAGGAGGAGAGCCCAGCCCCUCGUGCCCUCCUCCCUCUGGAGCGUGUCCGAGCUGGGGCUCCCUGCCUUGCGUGGGUGUCCCAGGGCCUUGGGGCACCUGUGGGGACCUCAGGGGGACCUGUGGGACCCGACCCCUGCAGUGCCCAGGCUGCUGCUGCCCGAACCCUUCUCAAGUGCUUGUGCCAUGUGGGUGGUGACAGAGCUCGGCCCGACCCCAACGAAGUCCUUUAACAGUGCGUGGUGGUGAAACACAAACCAACAUUGCUGAAGUCAAAGUAUCCUUUCUAAUCCCCCGGCCCGGUUUCUCUUUCUUUCCAGCUUUUCCUCCUCCGCCUCCUGGACCCUCCCUCUGUUCCCACCCCCCUUCUGUUUCUCUUUCUCCCUUCUGUCAUAAGAAAGUGACUGUGUCCUCGAGGGGACAGUUUUCUUAUGCCAUUUUAUACACUGUGCUUCAUGUUUAGAACUUUUUUGCACUAGUUCCUAUUACAUUUAUUUUCCAAACUGGUUUGACAAAAAACAAACAAAAAAAACCCAACAAAAACACAAUCCCAUGCUAUAAUUCAGUUGUAUUAAAAUAUUAUCCUACUA